UUCCAGCUGUGUCUGUCUGUAUUCGUCUCCCACUCAUUAGUUUCGUCUCACGACCUGAUACCUUUCUCGUUGAGGAAUAUAUAACAUAAACGUGAGAAGCGAUUACUUGUCAGACACAAGACAUGGGUUUUGGACGCAGCUUCCGGUUCGUGCGAUUAGUAUUCCUGUCUGUACUGCUCGUUCCCACCCUAAGCAGCAGCAGUGGCAGCGACAGAGAAGCCCUCGAGAUCGGCAUCGGCAUCGGCGUCGGUGUCGGUGGUGGCGCUGCACCUUCGACACCUCAGCCCGAGUGCCCUCCUCCUCCUCCGCGGCAGCCGCAGCCGAGCGACUUCGAGAACAUCCUGCAGUACCGCGCGUACUUCGUCAUCCAGCGCUUCAAGCAGACCGUCACCUGCGACCCCAAGAACAAGACCGGCUCCUGGACGGGGUUCCGCAUCUGCAACAACGACGGCCGCGGCUACCAAGGCUUCUACUGCGAGACCCCGCCGGGGCUUAGCAACAUGCGCACCAUCGCCUCCGUUGACUUCAACGGAUUCACCCUCUCCGCCCCUACCGUCUGCGGCUUCGUCGACCAGCUUCCCGACCUUGCGCUCUUCCACGCCAACUCCAACAGCUUCGGCGGUACCGUCCCCGCCCUCGCCAGCCUCCCCUUCUUCUACGAGCUCGACCUUAGCAACAACCGCCUCUCCGGCGGCUUCCCCGCCAGCGUGCUCCCACUCGUCGACCUCGCCUUCCUCGACCUCCGCUACAACGGCUACGCCGGCCCCGUCCCACCCGCCGUCUUCCUCAUCCGCACCGACGUGCUCUUCCUCAACAACAACGGGUUCACCCAGAACAUCCCGGCCAACCUCGGCAGCACCACCGCCGCCUACCUCACCCUCGCCAACAACGACUUCACCGGCCCCAUCCCCAGCUCCAUCGGCAAGGCCUGCGACACCCUGAUCGAGGUCCUGUUCCUCGGCAACCGGCUCUCCGGCUGCCUCCCCUACGAAACAGGGCUGCUAAAGAGGGCCACGGUGUUCGACGCCGGGUCCAACCAGAUCACCGGCCCCAUCCCCCUCUCCUUCGGGUGCUUGCAGAAGGUGGAACAGCUCAACCUGGCGGGGAAUCUGCUCUACGGGGAGGUGCCGGACGUGGUGUGCCAGCUGGCUAAGUACGGCCACCUGGCGAACCUCUCGCUCUCCGACAACUACUUCACGUCGGUGGCGCCCAGCUGCGCCGGCUUGAUCCAGCAGAAGGUGUUGGACGUGAGAAAGAACUGCAUUCCAGGGCUGCCCAACCAGCGCCCGCCGGAGGCGUGCGCCUGGUUCCUGAACCGCCCCAAGAUCACCUGCCCCAACGCGCAGUACAUUCCAUGCCACCUGCCGUGGGCCGGCAGGGACGCGCUGGAUUCCGCCGCAUCGUCGGCCCCGGCAGUGGACGGGGCCAGGGAUAAAAACCCGGCAUCUGGAUACACCACCUACAAGGCCCUGCGCCACCAUGACGAGCCAUGAUCGAGACAGGGCAAGAGCAAGUGCAGCAUCUCUCUUCGACGCCGACAUCGAUCUACUUGUACUUAAAUUCCAACAUUAUUGUAACAAUUGCAGCGUAUUAAUAAUACAAUAAAUGCAAAUGUUUAUUAUUUAUAGUAA